GGGGCGCCGCUUCACCAAACCCGUGAACCGUCACUUCCGGUGCAGAAGAAGACCCGUGACUUUCAGCCUUUUCGUUUCUGGGGAGCGCGACAAAACUAACACCAUGAACAUCAUUCUGGCGUCGCUUUCCCGCUUGAGAGGAAUAACACAUUCGCAAAGCAUCUCAACAGGAAAGCUGGCAGUAAAUAGGAACUCUCACCUCCGGUCAUUCAGCAACUGGCUGGUCCCCAAAGCCGCCGCGGGCCGCCCGACUCCAAGAACCGGACCGCUCUCCUCCCGAGCCGAGGGCGUGGGCGUCUUCCAGCAGUUGCCGUGGCAACACCAGCAAGUCCGAACAAAGAAAGGAGGCACUGAGUAUCAGCCCAAAAACAUCAAGCGCAAGCGGACUCACGGCUGGGUCAAGAGGCUCAGCAGCAAAGGCGGCAUCGAAGUCAUCCUGCGGCGCAUGUUGAAGGGCCGCAAGUCACUCUCGCACUGAAGAGGACUUGGACACGGAAACUACUAGUCCCAGUUCCUUAAUGAGUGGGAGGGAUUGAAAACCGGACAGAAACUGAGUUACAUUUGAGAAUUGGGGGCUGGGUUUCACUUUCACCACCUUGUGUGAAUGGCAUCAUUAAAUGAUACUCAACAUCAA